UUCCUGCACAGGACAUGAGAUCCUGCUGCUCUGGCAGCGGUGGGGAAGGGAAUGGGAUCCGCCGCUCAGCCUAAUCCACCUCACGGUGGUGGUUGAAGGGGAAACGGAGGAAGCAGCAUGCUUGCAAAAAUAAGCGCCUUAAACAUCUAAAACCAGCGCGGUGAUCGCGGGCGCCCUUGACUGAAUUGGGGCAGGAGGGGUUUCCGAAGGCGGGGCUGCUGCUGCUGCGUUUAACGGGGGGUUCGCACCGCCCCCUCCCAGUUCUUCACCCCGCCUGGACUUCCGCCUGCCCGGAGGCCUCGCAGCCGCCCCGCGACUUCAGUUUGAAACUUUCUGCUCAGGGCACGAAACGCAACCAAAAAACGCUAGAAAACGCAGAAACCACGAAACCUCCGGGAAAAGCAGCCGCGCAGCAGCCGGGCCGCCAGGCUAGGGCUCGUCACCCGCGGGUCCCGUUUGUGGGCAGAGAUCACCAGGCCUUUCCCUGAAGCAGAAGUGCCCACGCACGUGCCCACGCAUCACCUGCUUCUGGCUCAGCCUGGCAGUGCAGAUCAAGAGGAGGAGGGUGAGGAGGUGCCCGGCAGCCUGGCCCACCUGGCCCAAGCAGACAACACCUACCUGGGGAUGAGCUGCUGCCUGCGCACACCAGGCCUCCAAGCGGUCCCAGAUCCGGCCAGGGGGGCUUUCUCCUACUGGGCCAGGGGAAGCAGUGUGGCCCAUCAGCGCAAGACAGUGGACAACCUGCUGCAACACCAACAUUGCUUGCGCUUAGCUCGGCACUACUGCCGGCGCCUUAAAGCGGCUUCUGACUUUGUGCGCCGCUUGAUGGAAGCUGAGUGCUGUUUUCUGACACCGGCCAGCAGGCAGAGCACUGAUGGGGGCCUCCUGCUGCGGGGACUCUGCCAGGAGCUGCGGGUUCACACCUCUCACUGGGGCUGCCUGCAGUGCCACCUGCACAGGGACCCCUGGCUGAGGCCCCUGCUGCUUCAGCAGCCUGAGGCUGUGCAGCGCAUGAAGCAGUCCCUCAGGGUGCUGGCCCUGCAGGCGCUCUGCCUCCUGGAGAGAUGCUUGGAGGCCCUGCUGCAGCACUCGGCCCCUGCCCCCAUCCUUCUGCUCUCAGAGGCCUUCCGGGGCCUGGAGAGCUACAACCAGGGGCUGAGCGAGUGGGGCCUGCAGGGAGCCAAGCCGGGGCCUGGGGCUCCAGGGCAACAAGGGGUGCAGGCCUUCUCUGUGGAGAGGGUGCUGGCUGUCUUGGCUGCUGAAAGAGGACGCCUGGCCGGCGAGAGACUGUCUCUGCUGCUCCCUUGGCAGCAGGCAGGGACCAGCAAUCCAAGGCCCACAGCCGCUGAUACUUCUGGGGCGGGUGAGGGCCUCCCUGCACACCUGCAGACCUUGUGCCGAGAGGAGGAGGCGGCGGUCACAGCUCUGCUGCCAGAAUUGCUUGCAUCUACUGGCGGCCUGAGACAUCGCCUCCUCCACCGGCCCAAAUGGGACCAGCCCCAGGGGCCCCCCGAUGCAGCUCAGGCCCUGGCCCCUACCCCACUCCCCAGGUGGAAGUCUUCUGAUUGGCUGGAUGCUUCCUUUGCCGAAGCGGCUGCAAUGCUCUGCGCCGAAUACCGGCCCCUCUUCUGGAAAGCAGUGUCAAUUUCCUGGGUGCGCCAGCUGGAGCUCCAAGCGCACCGGGCUCGGUUUCAUAGGGGAGCCGGGGCUGCCCUGGGCCAGCAGGUGACCGACGCUCUGGUGGAGGCUUGCCUGCCUGUGGAGGCUGCAGAGGAACUGAAGGAUGUGGCACUUUGCCUGCUCAAGCGUGAUGCCCUGUGGCAAUGGGACCCAGGGUUCUGCCACGCUCUGGGCUCCAGCCUUGUGGACAGAUGCUUUCCCAAGCCCACGACUGUGGCCUGCAGCCAGACAGGGCAGGUUUUGCAGAGCCUCUUCCUGCUCCUGGCCUUUAGCCUGAGAUGCCUGGAGAUCCAGCCUUUCCAUAGUGGCCCAGGGCAGCACCUGAUCCCUGCCAGCUUCCAUCUGCAUCUGCUUUCUCUUGCGGUGGUUACCUGCCAUGCCUCUUCCUACUGGACCAUGAGCAAAGCCUACCAGUACUUGGCCUCCUGGUCCCUCGGCCAGUUCUUCCUUGUGGUCCAAGGGGAUCUGCAGCUGCUGAAAACUGAAGCCAGGAAGAUGUUGGUGCUGGUGAGCAGAGCCUUCUUGGAGGACAGGUGGAAGCAGAGCCCUCUGGCCUCUCAUCGGGAGCGGGAGCUGAGUCUGCAAGUCCAUUCGGCAAUCACCAGCAUCCAACUUUUUGCAAAUGACGUGCUGGAGUUGUUUUGUUUGGACUGCAGACGUGUGUCAGCAGAGGUCUUUGGACAGGCCAUGCCGCUUGGCAAAUACUGGCGUCUCGCCCUCCAGGCAGAGCCGCCUUCCGCUGCCAGUGAGUAUGCCCAGGCUGCAGCCCAAGCUGUCCUAGCUCCAGUCUUGCAAGGCGUCCGGUGGCUGCCCCAGGAUUCUCAGGCUCUGGUCCUCAGCCAGGUCACAACGGCCUUCUUGGAAGUCUGGAUGGAGCACAUUCUGGCCCAGAAGAUCAAGUUCAGCCUCCAGGGAGCCCUGCAGCUGAAGCGGGACUUCGAUCUAGUGCGCAGAGCCCUGCAGUUGGAGGAGUAUGAGCUGCCCACAGAGGUGAAGCAGCUGGUUUUCUCCCUUCGGGUCUUCCAACAAAUGGACAACGCUGUCGCCUGCCUCCUCCAGCAGCCCAGCAAGGGCACCUUGUCCUCACGCACCUGGGACACCCUGCAGAAGUGCUGCUCACGUGAUCGGAUGCGGUCGUGGCAUGGCAGCCCAGGCAGCCUGAGCAACCUGGAACACCUGGAAGGGCUGUCCGUCCAUGCUCGAGUUGGGCCAGAGAGCUGGGCAGCUGACUUGCUGAGCCGUGCCCCAGGGGGUGGCACAAGCUCCGAGACCUACCUGAGCCUGGCCCAGCAGGAGUGGCUGGCGCUGCGGCUGCAUGGGGCCCGCCACUGGUGGAUGCCCGCCCUCUCAUGCAUGAACCACCCUUCAGAGGCUUGAGCAGCAGCCGUGGAUCCAGCUGGCUUUCCAGCACCUGAUCUCUGCCUGCCCUGCAUGAAACAGCCCUCCCUCCUUUGGGACGUCUGAGUUGCUGGGCCUUCCAGCCUCCCUGAAAGUGGGGGCUGGAGUUGUGGGAAGGAGGGCUUUCUUGCUCCAGCAAGAUUAUGCAAACCCCCACCCCCCGAUUUUGAUGAGCAAAUCCACAAGAAGCAGCCUCUUGCUCUGACUCAGAGCAAUUCCUCGUCCUGGCUGGGCAUUCUGCAGGAUGAAAGAGGCUGGGCUGGGCUGUAGGAUGUGGGAACAACUGGUCUGGCUCCUGGGCCGCCUUCUGCUUGAAAGAGGAGGGAGCCAGGUGAGGGGCUGGUCCUGCAGGACACUCACCGUCUUGGUUCUGUUACCCUUUCCCCUUUAGGGGGCAUCUGGGACUCGAGUGCUAGUAAGUGCAAUUGGGGUAUUUCUUGGGGUGUUUGGGAAGGGGAGGGGGAGGCCUGUGCAGGUGAUGCAAAGGCCUGGCCACCUCCACUGCCUGCCCAGCCUGCCUUGCAGGAGACGCACAGAUGUUAUGGCUUGGUCUCUGCUUCUGUGAGGCCAGAUUUUCUCUCCUCAGGCAGGGAUCUGAAGGUGCGCCAUUUGUCCCUAGCCCUCCAAAUCCUUUUCCUCUUUGAGGCAUCUGCGUCUGACCAUCCAACGUCUUGGCCUUAACAAAAGUUGUUACCUCUCAGACACCAAAAAGCCCUGGGUGGUUGCUGGUCUUUUGAAGCUUUUGGCAGCUGUUUGUCUCUACACUGUUGCUGGGCGGCCAGAGGAGGCAGCCGGGUGGCAGCUCAGGCAGGUGUCCUGAUGCUCAGGGAGACUCGGGAGCCCCUUCCUGGCCCGAUGGCCUCAGAGGCUGGCUGUCAGUGAUACAUUUGGAGAUCUUGGCCUGGCAGAAACAGAUUACUGAUUUCUACAUUCAUCUUGUGUGAAAGAUGAAAGGCUAAAAAAAUAAAGGUUAUGAUAUAC